CUCUCCAGCGCGCAGACGCGAAUCGCCCGCUGCUCGCGCCGUGCACGGUUCUCGCGCCUCCGCGGACACAAGCAGCUCCUCCAUCGCGGACUGAAGCUGAUUCUCCUCUCCUCCUCCUCCACCGCGCGCGCCUCCGGUUCGGUCAUGCCACCGGCGCGCGUCCGGAGAUGAGGCUCCGAAAUGGCACCUUCCUGACAGUCUUAGUGUUCGGACUGUGCGGGCUCUUCUCGCUGUCCUGGUACACCGCGUUCAGCAACCCCAAAGGUAAUGUGGUUGAUAUAUACCAGAGGGAGUUCUUGGCUCUGAGAGAUCGGCUCCACUCGGCUGAGCAGGAGAACCUGAAGCGCUCGAAGGAGCUCAACCUGGUGCUGGACGAGAUCAAGCGAGCCAUCGCCGAGAAACAAGCGCUACGGGACAUCAACCGCACCUGGAGCAGCCUGUCUGACGAGACGAAGCUCAAACUGUGGAACGUCACCAGCAGUAAGAAUGUGUUGCAGCUGCCCAGCAUCUUCCACCACCUGCCCCAUCUCCUGGCCAAGGAGACCAGCCUGCAGCCCGCCGUGCACAUCGGCCAGGGCCGCACAGGAGUGUCAAUAGUGAUGGGCGUGCCCAGUGUGAAGCGGGAGGUGCAUUCAUAUUUAACAGAUACGCUCAGCUCUCUGAUGUCGGAGCUGAGUCAGGCAGAGAAAGAGGAUUGCGUCAUUGUGGUCUUCAUCGCUGAGACAGACCAGCAGUACGCCAACAGUGUGGCUGACAACCUCAAGCGCCUAUUUCCGGGGGAGAUUCAGUCAGGUUUGUUGGAGAUUAUCUCUCCGUCAGUCCAUUUCUACCCGGACUUCUCCAACCUCAAAGAGUCGUUCGGUGACCCCAAAGAACGUGUCAGAUGGAGAACGAAGCAGAACUUGGACUACUGCUUCUUGAUGAUGUACGCUCAGUCCAAAGGAACUUACUAUGUGCAGCUAGAGGAUGACAUUGUCGCUCGGCCGAAUUACUUCACCACAAUGAAGAACUUCGCCCUGCAGCAGCCUUCGGAGGAGUGGAUGAUUCUAGAAUUUUCCCAGCUUGGCUUCAUCGGUAAGAUGUUUAAGGCGCUGGACCUGUCACUCAUAGUGGAGUUCAUGCUGAUGUUCUAUAAGGACAAGCCCAUUGACUGGCUGCUGGACCACAUCAUGUGGGUGAAGGUGUGCAACCCAGAGAAGGAUGCGAAACACUGCGACAGGCAGAAGGCGAACCUGCGGAUCCGCUUCAAGCCCUCGCUCUUCCAGCAUGUGGGAACACACUCGUCUCUCGCUGGAAAGAUCCAGAAGCUCAAGGACAAGGACUUCGGGAAGCAGACCCUCCAUAAAGGUCAUGCUAACCCGUUAGCGGAGGUUACUACCAGUCUGAAGACGUACCAGCACUUCACCCUGGAGAAGGCCUACCUGGGGGAAGAUUUCUUCUGGGCGUUCACGCCUGUAGCUGGAGACUUCAUACGUAUCCGCUUCUUUACCCCUGUCCGCAUAGAGAGGUAUUUCUUCCGCAGUGGGAACAUUGAGCACCCUGGAGACAAACUCUUCAACACUACAGUGGAGGUGCUGCCGUUUGAUAAUAUUCAGUCAGAAAAAGAGGCCUUGAAGGAGGAAAGGGAGAGAACGCCCAAGUACCAGCGAACGGAGGACGGCUUCAUUAGGAUAGGAAAGUUCCAGAACGGGAUAGCGGAGGGGGAGGUGGACCCCUCGUUUGGGCCUCUGGAGGCCAUGCGGCUCUCGGUAACGACUGACUCUCCCGUGUGGGUCAUUCUCAGCGAGAUUUUCAUCAAGAAAGCCGAGUGAAGGGUGCCUACCACAAUACCUCACCAUUUUGUUGGGCCUUUCGAUGCAGGACGGUGUCUUUCCAGCGCCUCCACCUGAGCAUCGGCUCAGAGUUUCUUUAGCUUGGUCCAAGAGCGUCACCUGCUGGCGCCCCGCUGACGUUGCAGGGUAACAGUAGAGAAGGCCAGCUGUAAUCCUGACUAGUCGAGCGGAGGAGGGAGGAAAACGCGAUGGACAGACUGUGGGGCUGUCUUUUGUAAUUUAUGUGUAAAUACGCUCAUGGUUCAGUGACUCUACACUGGUAUAUUGUCAGCGGGCUCUGUCUGGAUGAUCUUGCCCUUUUUGACAAUGGCAAAUUUUCUGACUUUCGACAAUGCUGCUU